UAGUGGUAUUAUUAGAUUUAUAACAUAAUCUGAUCAUUCAUUUUUUUAAAUUAUAAUUCGAUAAACGGUUUUUAACUCCCCACAUCACACUCCGUUCAUAAUUAAUAUUGUUGGGAGCAACUGAAGAAUUAUUCUGUAUUCUCAUGAGGAGGGAAUUAUAUCAAAAAUGUCGGAGAUAGCCGCAACACCGACUACCUUCCCACCUAUUGACAGGGGAUAUAAGCAGGCUGAAUCAGAACAACCUAAAAAGCGACGAUCGAAGAACAAGAAACUUCCGAAGAUCGAACACUAUAAAACUUUUAAGCCACCAGAAAGAGAUUACAGAGAUACUGAAUUGGAAAAAUUUUCAACUUUCAUCAGUUCGUAUACAGAAGAACGGCGAAUAGAAACCUUGGCAAAGCCAAAACGUGUACCAAGUGAAUUUCAAGAUGACAGACGGUCUGUUUAUUGGAUAGAGAGUAAUCCACCAACCCCUGGUCCUAAUGGAGUAACAGUUAUAGUGGCAACAAAAAGAGUAUCAGAAUUGGCACAGCACAGAAUACCUCAUCAGUAUAAAGCAGAUAGGCCUUCCCCAAUAUGGCCAGUCAAACAGACAGCGAUAGAACAAGAAGCCUCAGAGAGAAUUCACCAGUUAUCCAUGCAUAAAAAUGCCCACCCACAGCAUGCUUAUGACAGGACAGCCUACAUUGAAGUUUCACCAGGGGCCAAGAGGGCAGCAUCAACCGAACGCAUAGAAAUGCUAAGCAGACCAAAGAUGAGACAAGAUCGUUUUGGAAUGGAUGAGACGGAAUGGGGUCAGUAUUUUCCUGUGUCUGAAGGAGCGAAAAAAGCAACAGCCUCUGGAAGGAUUGAAAGUUUAGCGGAAUCUAAAAGAUAUCAUGCAAUGUUUCAGAACGAGAAACCAGUACAGUGGCCUGUUGAUGAUGGGGCCAUGAAAGCAAUCGCUAGUCUUGAAAUACAAAAAUUAGCUCGUCCCCGCAGUCGUACUAUGAUUAAAGACGAUUAUGAUCCUUAUAAAGUUCCCCUGGCCGCUAGAAGAGCAAGGGCAACACCUAGGCUUGACGAACUUUGUGUACCUCUGCCAAGAAAAUGUAGACCGAAGAAAGCAGCUUAAUUUUGGCUGUUUUUUAAUUGGAAUUUUUUUUCUAAUCAUCUUGUAAGAAUGAAGUCAUUAGUUUAAAAUGUGCAUUUAUUUAUUUUUAAGUGUUAGAACAAGUGUGAAGCUAAGGAAUUUAGCCUGUUUACAUUGUAGCUUAUUGACGAUAUUUAGCAUAUUUUUCUCAUGAUGAAUUGUACUUAAUUUUCAUCUUAUUAACUGUGAAUUCAUGUUAUGUUUAUGGGUGCCAGUUUCCACAAGUUAUAUCGAAGCUGUUUUGGCUAGAUACACGAUUUGUGUAUUUAUUAAUUAGUAUAAUAUUGGAAGGUUUACAUAUCUUGAUACUAAUUUUUGAUGAACAGUUUUAUUGCAUCUACUUCAACAGUAGUAGAUUAUCUUUAAUUUAUUUUUCAAGGAUCACUGUUGAACUAUUUGUCAAGACAAAAUAUAUAUCAUUGUUGAAAUCUCCAUGAAUUAACUACUUUAAUAUAUUCAGUAUUAAAAUUUCGCCAAAUUUUUCAUUUGAAUAUCAGUCAUCAUUGAAAAUGUAACAUGGCCAAAAUGUAUAAAAAUACAUAAAGGCUGUAUUUGCACUCUCAAUAUAAUAAGUUAAAGCCUGAAAAUGAGAGGAGUGAUUUCCAGCAUAAAAGAGGGAAAAUGUUCUGCUUUUAUGAACACAAGAUUACAUAUAUACAAAAAUUAGAAGAAAAGAUCCACAAAAAAAGGGGGAGGUUGUGAUAUGUUUUUUUGUCUUUUAUAAAUGAGAACACACUUAUGUCACUUAUGAAAAUUUCUAUGAAGAGAAUAAGAAUCUAGUGAUACACUGAUUUCCCCAUUCCUGUUUUUAUUUUUCGUAUAAAGACAUCUUCUUAAUUAAAACUUGUGUCUUUUUUUAUAAAAGAGAACUAUAUUGACAUUCAGUAUACUAUUAUAAUAGACGAUGCCCUUACUCAGUAUUAUAUGUAUUUAGUAUCACUUAUACUUUGAAUGUGAACAAUCAUGUGACAAGCUUUUGAUAUUGAAAUGGGAUGGUCUGUGUUUUUUUUUAAAUUUUUAUCACAAUUCCAAAAUUUAAAUGGGAUGGUCUGUGUUUUUUUUGUUUUUUUUUAUCACAAUUCCAAAUUUGAAAUGGGAUGGUCCGUGUUUUUUUUUAUCACAAUUCCAAAAUUGAAAUGGGAUGGUCCAUGUUUUUUUUUUUUAACACUUUAUUACCUUGUUGAGUUAUUUACUGGUUGAAAUAUUUCAUAAUGAAAAUUUUCUGGUUUUGUGAUUUGGAUUAUCAGGUAAAACUGGAGUAGAGAGUGAAUAUCAUGGAUAGUUUGAAUGCUCAACAAUUAUCCUAUGACUAUCUCUUUGGAAGUAUAAGUGAACCCAUGUUGCUAUUUUAGUAUUUUGUUUUAUUGUUUGUUCAAUGUUGUAUGUUUUUGGAUCAGUUUUUAACUUAACUCAUCUUGCUUGUUAGGGGUACUGCUUAUUUUUUAGAUCAAAACUGUGACUGUUGGUGCUUAUAUGGAAAGAUUUUACAUUUUUAUAAUAAAAAAGCAUUUACUAUUAAAAGUUGUAAUAGUCCUUAGUUAUCUUGCAUUUAAUGCAGUUUAAGAUAUGUAAUUGUUAAAAAAAAUAUACUUUGUAUAGUAAACAGUUUGUAUGCAUAUGAAUCUUGAGUUUAGAAAAAUAAAUCUUAGAUUUAAGAAAAUGUGUAGAAACUUUAAGCAUAAUAAGAUUUUAUUGUUAAGACAUUUGUUUAUUUAUAACAUUUAAGUUUAAUACUAGGGUAAACAAAAUAUUAUAUUAUCUUUUUUUGUGUAUUUGACUCUCAGAUUUUACCAAUUUGAUAAUGCAUAUGACAUAAUAUACUAUAAUAUAAUUUUAUUGAAUUUGUUUAAAAUAUUGUCAAUUUAAAAAAAAUAAUAUGAAUUUUCUUGUCAAGUACUAUUCUUUUCGUAUUUCGACAAUUCACAAGAAAAUAAUUAGUAUCUGAACAACAAAGUUGAAAUUUUUCUUAUACAACAACUUAUAGUAUUUAUCAUGUUUAUUAUGUAAAGUAGCAGUCAAAAAUCUUUUUGAAUAUCUUAAUUUGCAGUGAUUUGAUGUGCUAUCGGUUAACCUGAGAUUUGCUCAAAGUUUGUACAUAACGUUUCUUUAUAUAGAAGAUCAACUGUCAAACCAUGUCAAAAUAAUAAAUUAUUAUUUCAUAUUUAAUUUAAAGUACAACAUAUGAAAAAUUACAGUUACACUAGAAGUAGAUGUUCCUCAAAAUUUUAUUCCAUAUCAAAGAUUAUAUUAAUGCAUUAAGAUUUCUACAAAAUUUAACCAGUUAUGAAAAAUAUUAAGCAAAUGUAAAAGAUCUAAAAGUGUUAAAAUGUGUGUGAAAUUUAGCAUUUUUAAUUCUAGAUGUUACCAUUUUAUUUAACUGCCUUCAUUUCUCAGUUUUUCAGUAUUAUGUGGUUUUUUUCUUGCCUUUUUUAAUUUUUUUUUGUUACUUUUUUGUAGAAGAAAAUAUUAGUUAGGCUGAUUGUAGUGUUUUUCAGCGUUGUUGAUUGGUGCUUUCGCUUUUUGCAAAUUAUUCAAAUGUAACUGAACUAUUCUUUGCAUAAUUAGUACUGUAAUAUCAUGGCAAGAUUUUGUGUACGCUAUUAACUUUGUAAACAUUGAUUACUAUUUAAUUUUUUAAUAAAAAAUUUCAUAGGUAUUAAAAAUAAUCAAAAAACCUAAUCACUUGUCAGCCAUUUCCUUGAUGUUUUAUUAAAAAAAAGUAUGUAUAGAAGAGAGUUUUUAAGUUUUUUAGAGGACUUUAUUUUCAUUCAGUAUUUAUUAUUUUGUCAAAUGUUUUUUUAUUUUGUUAAAUGAAUUGUAUUGGACAAAACUUUGACCUUAUGCAUUUUAUUUUUUUGAAUUUAUCAAAGUUUAUUUAUAAGUCUCUUUUGCAUAAAUCUCCCUAACAUGUUUGAAAUAUUUGUAACUUGACAUUAAGCAACAAACAAACAAUCUUCCACAUAAAUGAAUGAAAAUAUGCAUGAAAUAUUUGCGACUGAACGUUAACAAACAAAUAGUCAGUCAUCUGCAUGAAAUUGACAGCAGUUCUUUAUAUUUAAAAAUAAAUACAAAUUAAAAGGAUAAUUAAAAUAGGUUAAUUUAGCAAAGAAUAAACUUUUUUAUUUUUUAAGAUUUCUUAUCUGUCAGAGUAUCCUCCCUUUUCUUCCUGUAAAGAGAUGCAUAAGGUCAAAAUCUUUCCACCAUUGCUGUUAUAUAUAUGUAUUAGGUAUGAACCUCACAGUAUUAUCAAUGCACACAGUAUUAUACAUUAUUUCUGUUUUAUAAAGUCUAUUUCUAUUAUAGUUGUUCUGGAUAUUGAACUUUUUUAUAUGUGAUAAAUACAUUUAAGUAGUUAUUUUUACCACCAAUUAUGAUUUCUGAUGCAGACCAAUUUAAUGCAGAAACACAGAAGCUUAAAAUUUUCAUUGAAAUAACAGAUACAUGCAUAUGCACUGUGUAGAUAUCGAAUGUCACCAAACUGGUUCAAAAGAUAUUCCUACAAUUUGAGCUUGUAUUUACUUGAUAUUCAGGAUUUAUUUUCUGCAUCUCUCUUUUGAUGAUUUUGAAUUUAAGUAGGUCUUUGUGUCAUCAGAUCUUUUGGUGGUAAACUUGAAACUGCUUUAUGACGUAUAUGUGAUAUUUGUUUUUACAUUUACAUGGAGAGAGAUUUAUCUUUGAGUAUGUUUGUAUAUGCAAAACUCAGAAUAAAAAUUGUAAUGUU